CAAUGCGAUUGCAGACGGAUGCGGCGCCGCAAAUUCUUUGAUCGAUGCUGACAGUGGGUGUUGCUGACGUGAAAGGGCGUCGGAACACGUAUUUUUUUUUGUUUUGGUGGUUCUUUGCGGUGUGCUCCGUGCAUACGCAGAUGUCGAAGUCGACUUUUAGGAAAGUUAAAUUGAUUGUGAAAACAACUCUAUUUCAUGCCAACAGUAGCACUAAACACAAACAGGUCUACUAUUCCCUCUCAUAUUUCUUCGUCGAGUCGGCGGACUGUUUGCGGUGGCGCGUUUCGUACAUCCUAUGUAAAAGCGUCCCCACACCAGAGUUGUAAUGCAGAUUUGCAAAGACAGGAAGACUUGUAAUGCGCAUCCCCAUGAGAGCCAUUUCCAAUCGUGUUUAGGAAUUUGUGAUGCUCUGAACAGGAUGAGCAGAUGAAUCUGUGAUGCGGCUGCACUUGCUAACCUGCCCUACACUUCGGAGUGCAACUUGUCAUGCGUGACUCACAAAACUCCCAGGUUUGUGUUGCAAAAGCCCCAUCCUGACUCUGGUGUGGGGAUGUUUUUACUUAGGAUAUCGUAACCAUGUACUCUAUCGCGCUGCUUCGAAGAAGAUCAAGACGAGCCGCAUUUUACGCAAAACGAUUUGGAAGGAGAGCAGCAAUAUUUAACUGAGCUAGGAGAAGGUAUAAAAAUUUUCUAUAGUUUUCGUUUUGUUGCAGCAUAUGUUAUCAUGUCCGUGCGGUUCAUCUGCUAUGGGAAACAAUGUCUCGAUCCGCGGCCGCGACAUAAUUUUGCAGUUACGGCACACACACAACAAGACGAAAAUCUAGUAGAAGUCAAAAAAUUCACAAAACAGAUGUGCUGUUAUUUUUCCGGUUCGUCCAUCCUCGGAUACUACGAGUACGACCUACCCGAGCCUACCCUGAAGGAACUAUCUACUGACCCAGUUUAAACAACUUGAACUUUUGUGAAAAGCCCAUUUCGCACAUCUGUUGCUCUACAUGCGCCUGCGGUUUACUUCUAAACCGAGCUUCGAGAAAAACCGCGCGCACCUCCGCCACAUUGCCUCUGAGUCAACUUCAAC